UUUGCGGAGCUGGACAGUCAGGCAGAGCAGGCAGAGCAGGAGAGACUACCUGGCUACCAAGCGCAGUUAGCCUGUGUCUUUCUAGCACCUCAAUGUAACCACCAAUUACAGCUGCAGACUCUCUAAUAUAGCUGUAAUGGUUUGACCAAAGUCCUGCUCGACACCUUAAUGAGAAGAUAAACAGCACAUAUCGAAACGACAGAGCAGCCCGUACCGAGCUAGCUAGCUUUAGCCGCACCGAGUAACCGUUAACGAUGUCCAACCGCUUGGCCUUUCAGACCCAGCUGGCCUCCAUCAUGGAGGUCUUGGCCAACGCAGCCGUGGCGGAGAUAUGUAAGCUGGUGGACGACGACUACGCGGUGGUGAGUUUACAGAUGUCCCAGUGCCAGAGGGAGAAUAAAGCCCUGAAGAGGAAGCUGCAUUUGCUGGAGCUGAAGAUGGCCCGUGGAUAUGCUGAGAGGAGGCUCCGGGAAAGCGCGCAGAGCAGCCGACCCAGGGUUCAGAUCAACACGAACGACAGGCUCCGGCAGCCUCCGCCUUCCACUGAUGGCGUGUUUCAGAGACAGAUUGAUGUGGGUUUGUGGCCUGACAGAGCUGUGACCAGCGAGCCAGUCCAUCCAGACACCAUGCAGGACAAGUCACCAGAUGUGCAGCUGGUGGAGCCGGAUCCAGUGCUGGUGAAGGAAGAGAAAAUUGAACGAGAUAUGCCACAAGAUGAAGAAUUAGAGGACGACGUGCCGCUCAUUGGAGAAGAUGGAGUGGUAGAGUGUGGCCCUCGUGGAGGUGGAGGACAGAGACCCAGCCUUCAACAACAGGACAGCCAGUCAUCAUCCUGUCAGCCCCAGGUGUCAGCCCCCCUCCCACAGCCUCAGCCCCAGCCUCAAGCCAGCAGGACCAGGCAUGCCGGCAACAGCAGCAGCAACAGAGGAGUGGAGGUGGUGGCCGUGCAGAAGGAGGAGGAGGAGCCAGAUGUGGUGCUGGUGAAGGUGGAAGAGGUGGAGCCGGGGACCAGAAGCCAGAGUCAGACAUGCCUGAGCAUCCAGGAGGGACUAGUGGAGUCCAGCACAGACGACUACAGAGGAGUGCUGCCGUUUGAUGAAACCACACAAAAUUCAACGCAUCAGCUCUCGGAGCUUCAGGAGUCUGGUCGGGGCUUCUCAGAGUCUGCAGCACCACAGUCACACACACUGAUAAAAGAAGAUCCCUGCCCUGUUGUGUCCGUCCAGUUGAGGGUCCCGGACACCAACACACCAGCCAACACCAGCCCUCAUCCGCAGCAGCAGAGGUCCAACAGCAGCAACCCGCUGAGCUCAGAGUACUCGCUCUUUGAACUGGAGACGUUUUUCACCCGCUGGGCCCCCGACGGCGACUCCGUGUCGCCCCCCGAUGGCCCGUCCUGUUCCUUCAGCGCUGACGACACAGAGCAUGAGCAGGACGCGGUUAUUAUUGUUGAGAGCAAGCCACAAACUCAACUCAUUCUUCAGCCCGCCCAAGGGUCGGCUUCCUCCACAGUCAGGAUGAGUGCAGGCGAGAGCGAGCAGAGCUUCUCCUCACUGCCGGGACGUCCCAGAGCUCACACUCAGCCAGCUGCUACACAAGCCUUGUCCCCGGGGACGUCUGUGUCUGUCCCUUUGCGGAUGCAGGCUCCAUCUUCACAGCUUCCUUGGGGCAGAUCUGCAGCUAUGAUGAGAACCGUGCAGACUCAGCCACUGCUGCAUCCACAACGUAGUUACAGCAACAGGAUACCGCAGCAACAACAUGGCAUUCAUUCCCCGCAAAACACACAAUCCACUACCACAGCCGGUGCUGGUAACACCACUAGCAUUGAUAUUUCCAGUAUCAGUUCCACCUCUCGGACUGUGGGCUCCACUGUGGCUCCCCAGUUAGCUCUACCGGUGAGGGGGAGCACUGCAGCUAAGGGUUUGGCCAGCAUCGAGGUCGCCAUCACAGCCCAGCAGCGAGCCCAGCGGAAACACCAAGCGGUCGGCAUGGUUCCAGGCGAGCGCCGCAGGAAGAGCUAUGUAUGCCGAGCCUGUGGCAAGGCUUUCUCCGGACUGUCCAACCUGGAGGCCCACCAGCGCGUCCACACAGGAGAGAAACCGUUCCACUGUGCCACCUGCGGCAAGCGCUUUUCAGAGGCCGGGAACCUAAAGAAGCACCAGAGGGUUCACACCGGGGAGAAACCGUACAGCUGCGACCACUGCGGGAAGCGCUUCGCCUGGAUCUGCAACCUGAGGACACACCAGCAGUCCGCCACGGGCUGCGGGCUGCAGGCCAGGGGAGGGCUAGGGAUUGGGGGGCUGGAUCAGUGAGAUUAGCAUCCAGUGGCGGCUGGCAAUCCAUUGCAGCAAUCUGCUGCAACCAAUAAGGAGUUGUUCUCACUGUACACUAAUUUAAUUUGCCACCUUCUGCCAUCUGUAGGCAGGAGGACCAGGGAGUCUCAGGUGUGAAGGGGAAAGGAGAGGACAAACUGUGACUGCAUUUUAAGCCUUUUAUUAGAAUGAGAGCACCUCACAAGCCCCUUUCACACUUGCAUUUCUUAGCCUUCGGCUGCAAUAAGCCCAGGUCUUAGGUUAGAAUUGGUUCUCCUGCUCAUUAAGUUAGGCCUUACAGUUAGCCCUGGGUUAAGAAUUCAAACUGAAACUCCAGACCCAGGGUUAACGUCUUCAGAAACAACUUGUAGCACUGUUAUGAUUAGACAACAGUCAUUAUGUUGAUUUUGUUUUAGCCUAUACUCACACUGCUGACCUUAACUUUGACUUUUGGGGGAUAACCCUGCUCUGGAGUGGGCUUUGGUAAGCCCUGGGCUGAAGGUGGGGAUAUCCCACAUUGUGAGUUGCAAGUUUGAAACAACUGCUAGUCCAGGCCCAAAGGAGGUGUAAGCCCAGGACUAAGUGUAGUGUCAUAAGGGCGAGGGAUUGUCAUUCCUCAAAUGCUUUUAUGGUAGCAAUACCACAUAUGAAGCAGCUACCUUACUUUGAAUUGUCCUGUUCUCUCUUUCAGGCUUUCCUGCAAAGAUCAGUGUCCUGCCUGCGAUGUUUCAUUGUCCUCAGCUUACAGGUGCCAGACUGUAGCCAGAGACAACAGUUUUAGCUUUAGGAGCUUUAUUGAAGCAACCAUAUAUUUUCCAAGCCAAGACUGUAGAGUUCUAUGGCAUUUGACAUGACAUGAUAUGACAUUUUUAACCAAUGAUUUAUGUUGGCAAAAUUUUCUAAUUAAUUAACUGAAAUUUAAUUUUAUAAUUAACCCCAACACUAGCUGGUACAGGGAUCAGCCAUCACCAGCAACCUCCCAGUUCUCCAUAUUGACAUAUGAAACAGGGCAACAAAAGGAAAUUCUAAUCAAGUAUGACGUUUUUGGUGGUGAGGAGACAACUGUUUCUAAAGAUGCUUUUUUUUUUUUUUUUUAAAGAAGGCUAACAGUUAGCAUUUAGAGCAUCCAGCCAGUAUCCAGCACUCAGUAACCAUGAGAGGAAGAGAGCACCACUACUGUCCUACAGAACAGCCAGAGGAGGAGUGAAAUAGUAUCAUGUUUUUCAAAAUAAGUGAACUAUCCCUUUAAAUUCAGCCAGUUUCAUUGGUUGCAGCCAUAAUUAAAUUCUUGUCUUUGUGUAGCAGCUCCACCGUUUUGUUCAGUUUGAUUACAGUUGAGGCCUUAGUAUGAUGAUGCCACCACAUGUUCCUUAAUGUUUUUUCUCAGGACAGCCUGAAUUCACGCUCACUCAAAUUCAAAUACCCCUGCCUCACACGCACACACACACGCACACACUUACAAGCUAAAAUAAAUGAAUAAAAAAUGAACGGUCUGCAAAUAAAAAUGUUAAUAGUGUUUCAUACAGUUUCCUAAACUAUUUCAGUGAAAGACUAUAGAGCUGAUCAGGAGGCUUCACAUCACAACGCCUGUCUUCAAAGCUCAAAGCUGAAAAUUUAACAUUGUAAAUCAAAUAAAUCACGCACAUAGAUGAAUCUGAUGCAUUUAUUUAUUUAUUAUUAUUAAUUUUUUUACAUUCAUGGCAUGCUGUUAUUGGUCUGGAUCACCGGCGCAAAUUUCCCUUAGACAUUGGGGGGGGGACAUUUAGCGGGGGGUCAGGGGGUCAAAAGAGGUGCCAAAGUAAAAAUGGUAUGGUCCAAGCAUAGGGGUGUAAGGCUUUUUUGGAAAACAAUUAUGAACGAUUUUACAAGUGUUUUGCCACUCUGUAUUGUUACAUUACCUGUAUUAGUGAGAGGUUUGUAUCUCAUGAUAUUUUUGGGGGGUCGGACAAAUUUAUCUUUUAUAAAUAUUGGGGGGGGGGGGGGGGGGCCUGUCCCCCCUGACCUCCCCUAAAUUUGCGCCCAUGGUCUGGAUAAUUGCUGGCCAGUCUGGAAAGGUCUUCCCUCUCUCUGUGAUCCCUCCCUCUAUUUGUGCUGUUUUUUCCUCUUUUUGACAGCUGGGGGGGGUUAAGAGAUUUUCUUUCCUGUCAUGAAGAUCAGGGGUGUCAUUUUGUUUCCUGUGAACUGUGUGCCUGCCAAGCCCUUAGAGUGACUAUAAACAGUAACUAUAAAUACUUGAACUUAUGGUACUUAUACCAUGGUGUCACGUUGCAUUAAAGAUGCUUACCGGUAUUUUGUCCGUAGUUAGGCAGUUCUUGCUUUGUGUGAAGUGAUGUGAGGCUCACCUACCACGUCACAUGUAUUCGGCGGAGUUUCGGUUCACUGGUUUACAUGACUCUGUACUGUGAAUACAGCAGCUUACACAAGCUGCUCUAACAAUAACUGAUCUUUAAUUUUUAAAAAAAAUACUUUGAUUGUACAGUAAAUGUAUUUUACAGGUCAAUAAAAAAAAUAUUUGAAUCCUGAUCACUGGUCAUUAGUUUGGGCUGCAGAUUGAGAUAAUGGGCUUUAUUUGUCUUGCAGCUAUUUGAUGGGAUGUUUGUGUAGCUCAUUCAACAGAGCAUGAGCCCCGGGUUGGAGGCACCCACCACUUUUCAGUUUGUGCAGAGGGAGAAAAGAGCUGUUAUAACCUGUUACACUGUUACAAUUAAUGCAUUAUAACUACUCAGGUUUAACAGACCAGUUAGUGAACAAUGCACCUGAAGGUUCAUUUGCAUGCCGAGUCAAGAGGAUUCGGAGGAACAAUCAUCCAUCCAAAAAUGUAUCCAAACCUCCCUGAAACAUAAUUAUAAAGCUUAGAUCUUUUGCAGCAUUUUGUUUGAACUGCUCAGUUUGUAAUAGUUAGAAUUAUGAUUGCAAAACUGUGGAAAUAUUUCAAAAAUUGAUGACACAUUUCAUGACAUUUUGCAGGAAUAGGCUGUAUGGGAUGUUAUGGAUAUUAACAUGGACAAAAGGGAAAAUGUACUGAUUACUUACAAAGGCUGUAUUUAGACCCCACCCCCCAAAUCAAUCAAUCAA